GGGCCGGGCCGAGGAGCGCUGCCGGCUUCCUCCCGCUGCCGGAGCCCGGCGGGCGCUGAGGGGCGGCGGGGGCUGCCGCCGGGAGCCGGGGGAGCUGCGGGGGAGCGGAUGCCGCGCAGCGCCGAGGUCCAGACGGUGAAAAAUGCCUAAAAAGAAGACCGGUGCGCGUAAGAAAGCUGAGAACCGCCGUGAACGUGAAAAGCAGAUAAGGGCUUCAAAAGCCAACAUAGAUUUAGCCAAACAUCCUUGUAAUGCUUCAAUGGAAUGUGAUAAGUGCCAAAGACGACAGAAGAAUAGAGCUUUUUGCUACUUCUGUAACUCUGUUCAAAAAUUACCCAUUUGUGCACAGUGUGGAAAAACCAAAUGCAUGAUGAAGUCUUCAGACUGUGUCAUAAAACAUGCUGGUGUCUACAGUACUGGACUAGCAAUGGUGGGUGCAAUCUGUGAUUUCUGUGAGGCUUGGGUGUGUCACGGGAGGAAGUGUCUCAGCACACACGCGUGCAUCUGCCCUCUUGCAGAUGCAGAAUGUAUUGAGUGUGAAAGAACUGUCUGGGAUCAUGGAGGGAGAAUGUUUGCCUGUUCUUUUUGCCACAAUUUCCUCUGUGAAGAUGAUCAGUUUGAACAUCAAGCCAGCUGCCAAGUUUUGGAAGCAGAGACAUUUAAAUGUGUUUCCUGUAACAGGCUUGGGCAGCAUUCAUGCCUGCGUUGUAAGGCUUGUUUUUGUGACGAUCAUGUGCGAAGUAAGGUUUUUAAGCAGGAAAAGGGAAAAGAGCCUCCUUGCCCUAAAUGCGGCCAUGAAACUCAGCAGACAAAGGACCUGAGCAUGUCAACACGCUCUUUGAAGUUUGGCCGCCAGACUGGAGGUGAAGAUGUAGAUGGAGCUUCUGGUUAUGAUGCCUACUGGAAGAACCUCUCCUCCAACAAGGCUGGAGAUGCAGGUGAUCAUGAGGAUGAAUAUGAUGAAUAUGAAGCAGAAGAGGACGAUGAAGAUGACAAUGAUGAGGGAGGGAAGGAUUCUGAUACAGAGACCAUGGAUGUAUUCAGCAACUUGAGUUUAGGAAGGACUUAUGCUAGUGGGUAUGCACAUUAUGAGGAACCUGAAGAUUAAUCUUAGUAUGCUAGUAGGCUAAAAAGAUUGGGAAGGAGCCAAGCAGGUGUUUCACUUAUGAGUUGUAUACAUGCCAGUAGGAUAGCUUUAUCAGGUACUUACAUAUCACAGUUUGAGAAUGAAGAGUGUGAGACGUCUGUAGUAACUCCAAGAGAGAUUUGUUAGUAUAAACCAUUAUUGGGUUUGUGACUUGGGGGAGAAAAUGGGAAUAUUUUUAUUCCCCUAACCAGCUGAAGUGGUAUUGUCCUUCAGUUACUGAGUGUAACAGUUUAAUGCCUUUUUCCUCUAUCAAUAUAGGAAUGUGGGAGGGCUGUACAACUUGUUUCCAUUUGCUCAUCAGAAAUUAAGUUAUUUUUACAAUAAUUGUUAACUGAUUUCAUAAGAUUAAUGUAUUGGUGGGUUGUAGACUAUUUUUUUUUCUGCACAAUAAAGGUCAACUGCAUUCUCAAA